AUGAAAAUUGAUCUCAAAACACUGUGGACGGACCAGAGAAAAGUCAACUCUUUUUUCGUGGCAAAUGCGUGUCUGAUUGUGAGUCAUUUUCCAGUAUUUCUUCAGCCAACGAAAAAUCCAAUUGUUAUCAGGCUUGCGGAUUAGCAUCACUCGUCGUAGGAAUAUGGCUUUACUGCACGAAGAAUAACUUUGUGGAACUGACACCUACAGCUUACUCAGGUACUUUUCUCGCAGAGUUGACUCGUCUUGAAGAACUGGAGACGCAGCAAUUCUUGGGCAGGGAGGGCCGUGAACGUCAAUAGAUGACUGUGAGAGUAGUAGUAUUGGGGGGAGCAAGAAGAGGGUGCGUGCAGGCGGCGCCCAGGGAAACACAGAAUGCACUAGUAAUUUAUUGGACCCGUGCUUUCGAGGCCGAACAGUUGGUCUUCGGGACGCGCCGCUCAUAUGCGAGCGAUCGGUUUCGUUCCGAUGAGAUAUGAAGAUUCACUUGCUCGCUCUGCCUACACCCGCAACUCGGAACAAAACACGCUGACUUGACGUUUUCAGAAUUAUCACAAAAAUUUGAAAAAGAGUCGGAAUAGGUAUUAUCGGGAAGGGAAGAAAGAAAAGGUGGAGUCCAACGAGUACAGCCGAUUGUGUUGUUCUUAUCACCGUCGUGCUCCGCUCCGGUCCGCACUCAACAUUUCGAGCCGGUGUGAGUGAAAACGGGUGGAUGGGAAAAGAGAAAACAGCUAGAAAAUAGAAGGGAGAACAAUCAGAGAAACUAAAAGAAAAAUAUCAAUAUCCGAGGAUGGAUUUUGCGAAUAGAAAACUAAUAAAGACAUCUGUGGUUGGACGACUUACACAACCACUGGCACGUAUUGCUAUCUGACCCGAGACCGAUUAUGUGCAUUUGAGGGGUGUCCCCCACCCACCCGCUGUUGAGAACGCAUUACCUGGUUGGCUAACAAGGGUCCGACACAGUACUGAUUGACAGUCGAUGCACCAAUUUGCCUGCAAUUAGUGAAUGAAGUGAAACGAGAGAAAGGAAAGAAGCGGAGAGAGAGAGAGAGAGAAAGAAGUGUUGGGACUGAAACGGGAACUGAACACUGAGAAAUGGGAAAAAGGAGAAAAAGAGAAAAUAAGAUUUUAUUUGCAGCUCUAUCAGCGGCCGGACUUUGUGUUUUCACAGGCGUGACCAUCUUUAUUAUCACGGCCGUCGGAUAUCUUGGUGUGACUUGGAACAAUAAGCCUCUUUUCGUUUCGGUGAGCAAAAGAACAGGAUUUGAAUAAUCUUUGAUGAUUCUUCAGUACGUCUCAUUCAUCGUCCUGCUUAUAAUAGUGCACGGAGUGGCUCGUACGACUGGAUUCUUGCAUAAAGUGAGUCAGAAUAUCGAGUGUGCCGUAUAAAUCAUAAUGAAAAAUGUUGAGGAUGAGGCAAGAGAGAAUUUGAGAAAAAGUCUGCUCCGAAAUAUUAACACGACGACGGUGAUCACAAAGAUUGGAAGAGAAAUAAAACUGCAGCUAACAUGGGAUCAUUUGCAAAGAGAGGUAAUGAGAGGAACACAGAAAUAUAUACGAAUGUUGCUGUUUUGAUGCAACCCGGUUUUAUUUUAUUUUUUGAGAACAAUGUUUGUUCUAAAGAAACGCAAGUCGAGACAACUAAGGUGACAUUCGCAUUUGCAUUUCCAGCCAAUUUGGGAGGAAUACAUAGUAUGAAAAGAGGGCUCUUGAGAAUUGACGUUUGUCAAGAACGGCCCCUACAAAAUGAGAGUGUUUGAUUUGAAUUGAGCGCCGUCAGCUGAGCCAGAGGGGACCAGCCGAGCCUUCUUCUUCUUCUUCUUCUUCUCACAAAAACGAGGUUGUCAUGAAGAAAAUUAUGGCAAGCGAGGAAGGAAGAGGGCUCUGCUGUGCUGGAUAAUGGAUUGUCUCUACCCUUUUCUGUUUUCAACCGGUCAACUUAUUAGCUUCUUGUCCCAAUCUUCGUCUAAUCCCUUCCCUCCGUACGACAAACAGAAUGGACGGAGAGGAGGAAUAGGAGGAGGAAGAGCCCUCCGAAUUGUCGCUCAAAAUUCGUUUUUGAGUAAAAGUAACAUGGCUCUGGAUGGCACAAGAAAAAGAUGGGACGGCAGGAGAAGAAAAAGUUGAUGAAACUAAUUUCUGGUGCAUGAAAGGAGAAGGAAGAUACUUUUCGUUUCAAGCUCAGAGUUUUGUCAUCUUUUAUUCAUAGACUUUUGCAAGCGGGACCCAAAUGAAGGGAAUAGUUAGAAUAGGAAUAGUUUAGGAGGGAAUAGAAAGAAAGUUUUAGAGAAGAAUUUCAGCUGGAAUGUUGUGGAGUGGACACUUACACGGACUGGUACUAUUCUGUUCAUUGGCCUAUCAAUCAAUACACACCGGACAGUUGCUGCAAUCCCGAGCACUUCGACGAGGGCGCGGAUAACGAAAACUGUGGAAAAAUGCCCGAUGAUAAAGUCGUCUUUCAAGACGUGAGUUCACAAAACGACUCCCGGACGUCUCAAAACCGCGACAUUUUGAAACAAGGUACUGAGAAACAUCAAUAGUGACGAGAAUAAACCAACAAUAGUGUCAAAAUUUUGGUUUCAAAAGGUCUGUUAGUUUUGAAACGUCGCGGUUUCCAAAUGUCCGGGAACCCACAAAACUACACGAAACUUUAUUUUUAGGGAUGCUUUCCAAAGUUCGCUGAUUGGCUGUACCACCACAUCAUCUUGGUGAACUGGGUCACAUCGAUACUAUUCAUCGUGGAGGUUAGAGUGGAAUGAAGCGGCGGAGAGAGAGAAAAGAGAAAAAAGUUAAUCGUUUUAGAUCAUUCUCUUCGUCGUCUCCUGUUUCGUGAUGGGUGUGCUCAAGAGAGCGUCGACGCCACAUAAAACCAGGCGGUAAGAUCGUUUUCGAAUUGCAAGCGGACACUAUAAUAGUAUUAGAGGAAGAAAAGUGCUCGGCGGGAGGGGAGAGAAGCUGGCAGUGUUCUGCUCUAAUAGCCAACUUGGGGUGCCUCUUGUUUGACUAUACGAAACAGAGGACACAUUUCAAAAACCACAAAUUGAAGGGGGUUAUUUCAGAAGAAGCCGUCGAGAGCACGACGACGAAACGAGCGAGCGAUUCCGGCUGAACUCGAUGGACAGAAUCGCGGAUGCGAAUGCGGAGCCAGCGACGGUCGAAGAUGGUCUCAGCACGACUUCUCAUUAA